AUGACCGUUGCUCUGAGGGCUGAGCGCUUGGGAGCAGGUAUUAAAGGAGCUUUAGGUGAUCCAGGUCUGCCUGGUCCUACUGGAAUCAGAGGCGGCUUUGGUGAGCGGGCAGAGAAGCUGAAAGCGCAGGAGCAGAAUAAGAAGGUGGUGGUGGCGGGAUGUGUGCCGCAGGCCCAGCCCAGGACAGAAUACCUCAGAGAGCUGAGCAUCAUCGGGGUCCAGCAGAUCGAUCGAGUGGUGGAGGUCGUGGACGAGGCUAUCAAAGGUCACUCCGUGCGUCUGCUGGGUCAGAAGAAGGAGAAAGGCAAGCGUCUGGGAGGAGCGCGGCUGGAUCUGCCCAAGAUCAGGAAGAACCCGCUGAUUGAAAUCAUUUCCAUCAAUACAGGCUGUCUGAACGCUUGCACGUACUGCAAAACCAAACACGCCAGAGGAGAUCUGGCCAGUUACCCCAUCGAGGAGCUGGUGGAGAGAGCCAGACAGUCCUUCCAGGAGGGCAUCUGUGAGAUCUGGCUGACCAGCGAGGACACAGGUGCGUACGGCAGGGACAUCGGCACGGACCUGCCCUCUCUGCUCUGGGAGCUGGUGAAGGAGAUCCCGGAGGGAGCCAUGCUGCGCCUGGGCAUGACCAACCCACCGUACAUCCUGGAACAUCUGGAGGAAGUAUCUUCUGUUGAACACAAAAGCAGAUGUUUUACAGUGACUGCUGCUCAUCGAGCUCCAGUAAGGGCACACAAGCUUCCUGACACACUAUUGAUCAGUUUAGCACAGAAGAGAUUGUGCAAUGCUGGAACUGACCUGAUGGUCAGAGACGCCCACAGCGAUGAUGACUGCUGGACCUUCACUGGACCCAUCAAGAGCUUUGCCAGAGAAAACCUUAUGUUUUCUGAUUUGUUUGAAAGCUUGCUUGUGCUCCGUGACGUCUUUGAAGCUGGACCUGAAAACCUCCUGCCUCUGAGGAAGGAGCUCUCCGAUUCCCUGCUGUUGUUUCGGUGGUGUUUACGGGCCGCUGGCACAGACCUUCAGCGCAUCACAGCUUCACCGUUCCCUCAGGCGGAUCUCUCUCUGGUUCUGGCUGUGUUUGCCCAGCGAGGGUCUGGCUCCUCCAGGUGGUGCAGCAGUCGAGCCAGUAGUCUUUCACCUGCUCCACCAGCUCUCCACCUGCAGGACUGA